AUGAUUACCAACGCAAAGACGCGUCGUGAGAACGGACCUGAAGGCCGCUUAGAGCGGUUGCUUGCAAGGUUUACACCAUAUGUGUGCAGAAAAGGCUCUGAUAUGCUCAGACUUGAAACUGCAACAUCUCGGCUUGAGAAGACUCUUGGAGUGUCUAAUAGCUGUGACCAAACACACGAGGACACUGACGACAGUGACGGACAGAGCGCAACGUUGCAGGAGGUUUUAGCACCGCUGAUCCACGAGUAUUUGUCUUUGAGCCAUGAGUUGGGUGGACAGGUUGCACAGCAGGCAAGUCUGCGCAUAUACCGCAGCGCUGGCAUUCUGCAUGGUAUAUACCGUGUAUAUACGAAUGCAGUGUACGGCAGUGCAUCGGCAGUCUCUGAUGCAUUUUCGGCUUUAGAAUGCUUUAUGAUAGAUAAUUCAGCACCACUUCAUGUUCUGGAGGGAUCAUUAAGUCAGGUAGUGGCACUACGUGAUACAGGACGAGGAACAAAUGUAUUGAAUCAUUUAUCGAUGGUAAGCGAAGGUGCAGCAGCACUUGGGUGGGUAAUGGCAGGGUCAGCAGCAGCAGGAUAUAUACAGGACAUGAGAGACAGUGCACAGUUUUAUGCAGACCAAACCGCAUGGGUACAUGCGUAUAUGAAACUUCUUGCAGAAUUGCAGGCAUAUGUUAAAAAGUAUUAUCCAGAGGGGUUUACGCGGAGUUCGAAAUCGCAAGCAGAACGCAAAAACAAUGAUAUAGCACGUACAGCAGAAUCAGGAAUGGAUGCAGCAAGCAUGGGCGAUGCUGCCAUGACACCAUCGGAUGCCUCUUUGCCUGAAAUUGAGUCUCCAGAGCCAAUUAAUAUUGAAUCGGUGUUUGCAGAGCUGAAUAUGGGGGAAUCGAUUACGUCCAAGUUGCGUAAAGUCAAUAAGGGUGAAAAAACACAGAAGCAUGCGCCUGCCAGGCCAUUGUGCGGUGCAUCUGAAAGUCCAUCGCCUUGUAGUAUGGUGGUUGAGGAGAAAAAAACAAAGUUACCUUGUAGAAAGAUAUUGACGGGAAACCGCUGGACUAUUGAGAAUUUUGAGUGCGAAAAUGUCGUUAUUGAUGAUCUUGAAGCGGUUCAGACGGUCUAUAUUUUUAACUGCAAAAAAUCCACAAUUCACUUGAGAGGAAAAGCCAAUGCAAUAUACAUGGAUCAAUCGACAAAUUGCGGAUUAAUGGUAGAUACAUUGAUUUCAAGUAUCGAAUUUACCCGGUGCUCUUCACUUACAUUCCAGGUUCUCGAUUACAUACCAACUAUUACACUUGAUCAAUGCAGUAAUUGCCAAAUAUAUCUUUCGUCUAAUCAUCUUAAUACUGAAAUCAUAACAACCAAGUAUGAUAGUAUUAAUGUCCAUGUUCCUGAUACAGGAUGCGAUGGUGAUUAUAAAGAGUGUCCUGUACCGGGAAUGCUUAAAAGUACAAUUGUCGAUGGAAAACUUGUUACUAGUUUUGUUGAGCAUGCAGGCUAA